GGGGGUUUUUCGGAGCGCUAGGGUGAAAUGUUUGGGGGCGCAGGCCGGGCGUGGUGGGAAUGCUGGCUGCGCCGGCUCCGAGGGCUCUGUUCUGCCACCUUCUAGUCUUCUGUCUGCUCCUCGUGGGCGACGGAACUACCGGGGUGCCCCGGCCCGAAACCUUGCGGCCACCCCUUAGCAGGGUGUCUUCAUCACAAUGUUAAAGUAGCAGUUUUCCCCAAACCUGGCUUUCGUUAGGCUGCUGAUCUUCUCGAACCUUUCUGUGUUUCCAUCUUAACAAUGGCUAAGAACAAACUAAAAGGGCAGAAGUCCAGGAACGUAUUUCAUAUAGCUAGUCACAAAACUUUCAAGGCUAAAAACAAGGCAAAACCAGUUACUACUAAUCUUAAGAAGGGUUGUCUUUGUAGUUUAAAGGACCUGAAUGAAGAUGAAGAGUUAAUUUUACAGAGCUGGGAAAUCCUCGGAGCAGCAACUUCUACCAAGAACAUCACUAUGAAUAUUCAAGAGGGCUACUGGAGCAUCCACCUAGAGAAAGUGAUCCAAGAAAGGGCUCAAGAGUUUACUACUUGAAGGGACUAAAAGCAUUUGUUCCAGGUUCCUUAUUUUUAAGUGAGAGUUAAGCACCAUAGCUAGGACUGGUCAAAUUAGCAAAAUUUUGUUCUCCUUAAUGUAUGUUAUAUGACACUUCUCUAUGGACCUGCAGAGUCCAGAAGAGGAUGUCAGAUCCUAUAGAAGAGUUAGAGGUAGUUAUGAGCCACAACAAUAUGGUUACUGAAAACUGAUGGUCCCCUAGGCCAUCUUUCUAAUCCCAGAUCACAUUAUUUUAAUCUGUUUAUAUCUUUAAAAUCUUAAUUGUGAAGCAAAUCUACAUGAUAAUCUACAUGAUUAUUAAAAUCCAAACUUUCUGAUACAACUAAAUUUUCUAAUACAACUGUAGUUUUAUUGUGAAUUAUCAGUUUAGUAAUGAAUUUAUAUGCUUUUUAAAAAACUCUGUGUGUGUGUCUAUACCACAUUGCAUGCAUUACAUGUGUAGGUGAAGGGUAUACCUCAGGCCAGAGGCUCAAAAUCAGGUGGCCAGCUUGCACAGCAAAUGCCUUUUCCUCCUAGGACAUCUAGGCAGUCCAGUAUUUAACUUUUUUGUGCUUAACAAGAUAAAAAGAUGAGAAUAUUUUAUCUUUAAUAGUUAUGAGACUUGGGUGAUUUUU